ACGGUGUGUGCCGGGGGUCACAUCGCCAAGACCCUGGGCUACCUGGAGCUGGGCACCUCCGGCCUCCUCAAGGACGUCCCCUAUGGCACCCUGAAGCCCCCGGCGCUCGACCCCGGGCGGCUGAUUCCGGCAGAGCCCCCGCGGGGUGCGGGGACGCCCACGGGCGCCGGCCGGAGCCCCUGGGACUGGCAGAAGAACCAGACGGCCGGGGAGCCGCCCAGCCCCCGCGCCCACCGCAAGCCCACCCUCAAGUCCAGCCGCACCAAGAAGAUCUUCGGCUGGGGAGACUUCUACUUCAACAUCAAGACGCUCAAGUUCAGCCUGCUGGUGACGGGCAAGAUCGUCGACCACAUCAACGGCACCUUCAGCGUCUACUUCCGACACAACUCCUCCAGCCUGGGCAACGUCUCGGUCAGCAUCGUGCCCCCCUCCAAGGCGGUGGGCUUCGAGGUGCUGGUGCCCGGCCCCCCCCAGCUCCCGCGCCCGCCGCCGCCCCCCCAGCAGAGCACCCUGCCCGAGGGGCGCCCGGCCAAGGCGCUCAACUGCCACGUGGAGUACGAGAAGACGAACCGGGCGCGCAAGAACAAGCCGUGCCUGUACGACCCGUCCAAGGUGUGCUUCACCGAGCACACGCAGAGCCACGCGGCCUGGCUCUGCGCCAAGCCCUUCAAGGUCAUCUGCAUCUUCAUCUCCUUCCUCAGCAUCGACUACAAGCUGGUGCAGAAGGUCUGUCCCGACUACAACUUCCAGCACGACAACCCCUACUUCGGCUGACGGCGCCGCAGCGGGAGGUGGGGGGGGAGGGGAGGGAAGGGGGGCUGGGGGUGGUGCUGUGCCCCCCUCACAGCGGCUCGGUGCCCCCCGUGACCCCCACACCAGCCCCCCCCUUGGUCAUUGGAGCAUCUCUGUGCUGUGUUAUGGGACAGCUGGUGCU